AUGCCGCCCCCCUCCUACCAGAAAGCUGAUGUCGAACCCCCCGAGGAAAUCACCUCCCAGGCGGUCCGCGGGUUCAUGACCGGUGUCUUCCGGUUCGGCUCCGUCUCCAUCCUGGCGCAUAUGAUUAUGAUCCUUCCCCAUCCCUUCAAAUUCUCGUCGCCCUCUUCUGCCCCGAUCCCGUCGCAAUCCCCGGCACAACCGUCGCAGCCAAAGCAGUCACCCUUCUCGAAGGAAUACAUCCGCUCGCGCCUCUUCUAUCGCCCGCUGGAGGGCUUCUCCGACUGGCUGUCCCCGGCAUCCAAGGUAUAUCGCGGCUUGACCCCCCAGUUCAAGGUGUUUCUCCAAAUCGCAGCCAUGACCCUUGGUGGAUGCAUCUGGGCCGAGCGGAGGGUGGACGAAUACAUCAAGUUCAUCCGGAAGGUCAAACGGGUAGAAAAGGCGCAGGCGGAGAGAGCCGCCCGAGGGCUGGAAUAG